AUGAAGACAUUCAACUGGAAAUCAGAGGUCCAAAGCAACAUUUUAGCCCUCAAACUCCUGGGUCUGUGGCCCAAGGGCGACGAAACCUACAAACGCAAUUCCUACACCCUCUACGCCUCCUUCUGCUUUUUCGUGCUUAACUGCGGCCACAACUUCUUUCAAACCGUCAACAUCUACUUCAUCCUCGACGACCUAGAAGCUUUCACGUCGUCGAUCUUCGUCACGCUGUCUUGCGUCGGAACGAUCCUGAAAUGCUACGGUUUGAUUCAAAACAUGGAAAAUUUGAAGCAGCUUUUUGUGACAAUUACAGGAGAAAUUUUUCAGCCGAAAGGAGAGAAGCAGCAGAAGCUCGUGGAACCGAGUGUCAAGUUCUGGAGCCGGAUUUAUCUCCUGUUUAGAAUAACGUGUUAUUUUACUGCUUUUUUCUGGUCGACUUAUCCAAUCCUGGACAAGUCUUUCAGAGUACGGAGGCUGCCGUUCCUGUCUUGGUAUCCUUACAAUGUGAAGGUUUCUCCUUUCUAUGAGUUUACUUACAUGUAUCAAGUUGUCAGUAUUUGGUACAUUGUGGCAGCUAGUUUGAACAUCGACUGUUUAAUUGCUGCUUUAAAUAUGUUUAUUGGAGCUCAGUGUGACAUUUUGUGUGAUGAUUUGAGGAAUUUGGUGGCUACGAAUGGAAAGGAAUUGAAGGAGAAGUUGGUCAGGUGUGUCAUCCAUCACAAGGCGAUUUUAAGUUUGGCUGAGAAAUCUAACAAGUUCUACAACUGGAUUGUCCUUUUUCAAUUUUUCACUAGUGCGGUUUCUCUCGGAUUCAGUAUGUUUCAGCUGACGAUUGUUGUACCACUCAGUAGCGAGUUUUAUUCUUUCAUCUGCUACGCCACUUCAAUGAUAGUAGAAAUUUUCAUCUACUGUUGGUUUGGAAAUGAAGUCGAAAUUAAGAGUAGUAUAAUUCCCUAUGCUGCUUUUCAAUCAACCUGGGUUGGUUUACCGACGGAAAUUCAGAAGAUUUUGAUUACCUUUACCUUGCGCACUCAAAGACCAAUUAAAAUGUCGGCUUUGAAUUUGUUUUAUUUGUCUCUGGAUACCUUUAAAUCGAUUCUUCGUACUUCGUGGUCGUAUUUUACUGUGCUACAUCAAGCUAAUUCAACUUAA